AUGGCACCAACUAAUCCAGCAGACUUGGUCGACAAGGCCACAUCUGAAUACUUGAUUCAAAUGGAUUGGACAACAUGUCUACAAAUAUGUGAUUCAUUAAAUAGUCAUCCAACAAAUGCUCGACCAGUUGUUAGGGCAAUAUUAAGAAGAUUCAAGGAGAAGUCAAGAGUGGUAAUGUUGGCUUUGGAACUCUCAGAAUCAUUGGUCCAGAACUGCAUAUGUACCCAUGAGGCAUUUGGCGAGUCUACAUUCCAAACAGAGUUGGCCAAAUUGAUCAUGAACAAAAAGACAAAGGAUAAUGUGAAGGAGAAGGCAUUAGAGUUGGUGGAGACUUGGGGAUUGGCAUUCCAGUACCGCCACGAUAUUCCAGGCUUCUACGAUUCAUAUUCAUUCUUGAGACGCUCUGGACAUAGAUUCCCUCCAAAGAGACCAGACGCUCCAGUACUCAACUUUAAUCGUGAUAGAGGUGCACCAACACCUGUCCGAGCACAGGGUUCUCACCCUUCAGCCGCACCAGUGCCCUCGACUCAUCAGUCACAUCAGUCACACCAGCCGCAACAGCAACAUUCACAGCCAUCAAUGACAGCCGUUCGACAGGAUAUUGCUUCAAUACGUGGCAGUGUAUCCAUAUUCCAAGAGAUGGUAUCAUUCCUGAAUGUGGAGGAGGAGGCACCAUCCCAGAACUCUCUGCUUCAGGAGUUGCGAACACUUCUCAAAGAGAAUCAAACCAAGAUUACCGAUCUCAUUACGAAUGGAACGGCAUCAGAGAAUGAGUUGGAGUCUUUGCUACUGCUCAACGAUGAGUUGGUCAAGGCGUUGGGCGACUAUGACAAUGCAUGCCUCAGACGAAAGCAGUUCGAGGACAAUGGAUUCAAGCCAUUGCCAUUGCCAGAGAAGAAGGCCGUCCCCUCAUCCAAUGGUAAUGGGCUGAACGAUAUUGACUUUUCGUCGCCGACAGUAGUCUACGGUCAACAGCCAGUGAUGUAUAAUCCUCAACAACAACAACAACAGCAGUAUCCACCACAGUACCAGCAACAACAACAACCACAAAUGCAAUACCAACAACAACCACAGCAACAACAACAACCUGUUCUGCUCAACAAACCACCUCCUCCACAAACAUACAAUCCAUUCCUAUCACCUUUGGUUGGACAACAAUCACAACCUCAACCUCAACAACAACUGCAUCAGCAGCAGCAACCACAGCAGCCACAGCAGCAGCAGCAGCAGUCAAACAAUGCUUUUGACGAGUUCGAUCUGUUCAUUGCGAAUAGGAGUCAACAACAGCCACAGCAACAGGCCCAGCCUCAGCCUCAGACUCAGUCACAACAACUCCAACUAAUGCCAGCCCCAACAUUCCAACCAUCAACAGCAUCCAAUCCAUUUGUACAUCAGCAGCAGCAGCAGCAACAGAGUCAACAGCAGAACUCACCAUUCAUCCCACCACCUGCCACGAGUAAAUCCACACCUCUGCAACCACAGACUGCCGUCGCCAACAAGCCAGCGGCAGCACCAAUGCCUCCACCCUUCAACAAUCCAUUCUCCUCACCAUACUUUAACAAUCCAGUCACACAGCCAAUACAGCCAAUCAACAAUGUCAAUGUGAAUUCCAAUCCCUUUGGCGGCCAACCAUUCCAGCCACAAAUGCAACCAAUCAAUAACUUCCAACAACAACAAGGAUAUCCAACGACAGUCAACAACAUGGGAAUGCAUGUUCAACAACCCCAGCAACAGUAUGGCGGCGUUCAAUUCCCAGCACUGCACCAACAGCAACAGCAACCAAUGCAGUUCCAAAACAAUCCAUUUGGAGGCGGACCUUCAGGUCCAAUGAUGUCCAAGCCAAUGUCCAUGCCAGGCAACAACAUUAACAUCAACAACAAUGGCAACAACAACAUGAUGUCCAAGAAUAACCCGAACCAAGCAUCAUUGAUC